UGCCUCAGUCGCUGGCGCACCAGCAGCAGGAGCCGCCCGCCCGCUCACUGCCCCCUCCCCGCCCCUCUCUCCCCUGAGCCGGCUGUACAAUCCUCGGCAGUGUCCUGAGACUGUAUAGUCCGCUCGGGGGCGGCGCGGCCGGGAGUGCAGCAGCCUGGCAACAACUUCGCGCCGGGGAGGACGCGCGAUCGAGCAACCUGUCCGGCCGGCGCGGGAGCGCAGCAGAGACACAGAGACGCGCGCAGAGGAGAACCGGCCCAGCCCAGCCCAGCCCAGCCUGCACCUAUCAAAGGCCUCCCGGGACCUGCCCGCCCUCCCUGCCUCCGUAGCCAGGCCCCCUUGCCUGGGACCUUAGGCGCCUGGGCUUCGUUUGCCCACACGAGCCCUCCUGCUGCUGCCUAGCCUUGCACCUGGCUUACCCAGCCGCCGCCACUUCCACGAUGACAGCUGAGAAAGAAAAGAAGAGGAGCAGUUCUGAAAGGAGGAAGGAGAAGUCAAGAGAUGCUGCAAGAUGCAGAAGAAGCAAAGAGACUGAAGUAUUCUAUGAGCUGGCGCAUGAACUCCCUUUGCCACACAAUAUUAGUUCACACCUGGACAAAGCAUCUAUAAUGCGCCUUGCAAUCAGUUUCUUGCGGACACACAAGCUGCUGUCUUCAGUCUGCACUGAUGCCGAGAAUGAAAUUGAGACAGAUCAGCAAAUGGACAACUUGUACCUGAAGGCUUUGGAGGGAUUCGUUACUGUGAUCACACAGGAUGGAGAUAUGAUCUUUUUGUCAGAGAAUAUCAGCAAAUACAUGGGUCUCACACAGGUGGAAUUGACUGGACACAGCAUUUUUGACUUCACCCAUCCAUGUGAUCAUGAAGAAAUUCGAGAAAACCUAAGUCUGAAAAAUGGUCCAGGAUUUGGGAAAAAAAGUAAAGAGAUCUCCAUGGAACGUGACUUUUUUAUGAGAAUGAAAUGCACUGUCACCAACAGAGGUAGAACCGUCAAUCUCAAAUCUGCCACGUGGAAGGUUUUGCACUGCACCGGACAAAUCAAGGUCUAUAAUACAUGCCCACCUCAUGCCUUGUGUGGCUAUAAGGAGCCUCUCUUGUCCUGCCUCAUAUUAAUGUGUGAGCCUAUUCAGCACCCAUCCAACACUGAUAUCCCACUGGACAGUAAGACAUUCCUAAGUCGUCAUAGCAUGGACAUGAAGUUCACCUACUGUGAUGACAGGAUAACUGAAUUGGUUGGAUACCAUCCCGAGGAGCUGCUGGGCCGUUCUGCUUAUGAGUUCUAUCAUGCAUUGGAUUCUGAGCAUAUGACCAAAAGUCAUCAGAACUUGUGUGCCAAAGGUCAAGUGAUCACUGGACAGUACCGCAUGCUUGCCAAACAUGGUGGCUAUGUGUGGCUGGAGACCCAAGGAACAGUCAUCUACAACACACGCAACUUGCAGCCUCAGUGCAUCAUCUGUGUCAACUAUGUUCUGAGUGAAAUUGAAGACAAUGAUAUCGUGUUCUCCAUGGAUCAGACAGAAUCACUGUUUAAGCCUCGCAUGAUGGCAAUGAAUCCAAGCAUGUUUGACAGUGGCGACUCAGGAGUGGAUAAGAGUGAUUUCUUGUUCACCAAGCUGAAAGAAGAACCAGAGGAACUGGCCCAGUUGGCACCAACACCAGGCGAUGCUAUCAUAUCUCUUGACUUUGGGACCCAAAAGUUUGAGGAAAUUUCUACCUACAACAAAGCUGUGAUGACUCCAAACAAGCAGUGGCCUCCAGAAGCCAAGAGCCAGGCUCCCCCAGCUGAAAAGCUGAACGUGCCAUCAUUUACACUGCCCCAGAUGGCCCCCGGCAGCAGCACUCCCAGCGCAAGCAGCAACAGCAGCUGUUCCACUCCCAGUAGUCCUGGAGACUAUUACACUUCCUUGGAUGAUGAUCUGAAGAUUGAGAUGAUUGAGAAACUUUUUGCUAUGGACACAGAUGCUAAAAAUCAGUGCAACUCACUGACUGACUUCAAUGAGCUAGACCUUGAAACCUUAGCUCCUUACAUCCCCAUGGAUGGAGAAGAUUUCCAGCUCAGUCCUAUCUGCCAAGAAGAACGUCCUCUUGCCGAAAGUGCCCAGCUCACACAGCAGAGCUUAAGCAACAUGAGCAACCUCUUUCAGCCCCUUGCUCCUCCCUCACAAAACCAGUUCCUCCCAGAAAAAUACUGCCAGCAGAUGUCUAGCAAAAACAUGAACACAGGCCAGGAAACUGGACCGUCAGCAUUCUUCCAUCAUGGGAGCCAGUCAGCCUUAUUGCUGCCCUACUAUGCACAAGCCAGCACUCCACUGUCUUCAAUGGGUGGAAGACCAAAUACUCAGUGGCCACCUGACCCUCCAUUACAGUACAUCCCUACAAAAUGGAGACUAGCAGGCAACAAAUGCUCAGGAGCCCUAACCAGCUCUCCGUCAGGACCACCGUUGCAUUUACCUAAUGUGAACUUAUAUAAGAAAAGGUCAAUGGAGAGCUUUGGACAGCGGGACAUAAACACUUCACGGAUGGCUCUUGCCAACAGCUUGAAGCUGAAGCGGCAGCUGGACUAUGAGGAACAAGCAUUUCUGCAUCCCAACAGGCAGUCACAGGGAGACGCCUCUGGCAUUAACCCAACUCACCUAAUGUGGAAAAGGAUGAAAAUUCUCAGAGGUGAAAACUGUGCAUUGCUCACAGAGAGGAAGUCGCUCAGCACAAGUGUCCUUAAUGAUGAGUUUCUUUGUAACCCACAAAGAGGUUCAGGCCAACCCUUGAAUAUGGCACAACAGCAGCAGUCGCCCCCCUCCACCGGAAACCCUGCUGAUCACCCUAAGGCCGUAUUCUCCCCCCACUUCUACAGUUCUCCUUAUCAGGACUUCCGUGUACCACAAGCUCAUAGGAUGUCAGGAGUAACGAGCCGCCUACUUGGUCCAUCUUUUGAACCUUAUUUGUUGCCAGAAUUGACAAGGUAUGACUGUGAGGUUAACGUCCCGGUGCUGGGCAGUUCAACACUUCUGCAGGGGAGUGAGUUGCUGCGAGCUCUCGACCAGGCAACUUGAGUCCACUCUGCAGGGUUACCUGGCUCCAAACAGCUUCAGUUUUUAAAUCUAUUUUUGCAAGUAGACAAUUUCUAAUAUUGAUUACACUGUUACAAGAUUUUACUUACCUAUUGAACUUGUCAUAUUACCAAAUAGUGACCUUUUUGUGAAGUUAGUCACUUCCUUGUUUAUAUUAAAAGAAAUAUGCAUCUACUGUAUUUUUUUCCUUCUAUUGCGAUAAAAUGUUCCUUAGAAAGUUUAUAUUAUAUAAUUCCCCUUCACUGUGUGUAAUUUAUAUGUUCUAAAACUUCCUCAAUAUUAAUUCUAAUUAAAAAAAAACAGAUGUGAUGUGCUAAUGCCUGUAUGUAAUACUUUGGCUUCAUUAUUGCAAAGAUUUUAUUUUUAUUGCCAAAGAAAAGUGCAAAAAUUUUUCCCUAACCACACUCAGCACAGGCUUAUUCAAAUAAAAUACUCACUGCCUGUCCUUAGAUUUGCUACUCUCUGUCUUUUCCAGGAAGUAGUCUGAACAGUAGCUUGAUUCAGUCAUAAUUUAAUAUCUUACAAUGAGUGUUGGGAAUCUAGCAUAAACAUAUAUACCCCUUGGAUCAUAAAGUGCAGCUAUUUUGAUUUGAGGACUGAGAUUUUUCUGUAUAGAAGAAUGGAAGUUAUUAGGCAAGUAACUGCCGUGGGUUUUAGAAAACCAAGGUGCCUUCCUCACCAGAAUCUACGCAACUCCCAGGAUAAAGUGGGAUCUUAAUUAAACAGGUGGGAUGGGUGCUGCCAUCUUAGAUUUUUCUGAGCAUGGUAGUGAGAAGAAUUCAAAAUGGCAGUACUCCUGCUUCCACCCUCUUUGUGAUCAGGAUUGAGUAAACUCUUUGAGUAAGUUAAAUAGUUAUUGAGUGAAUCAGAGUUGGGGGUAAAGGAGAUUAACAGUGGCUUCUGGAUUGUUAGAGAGAUAUUUGCAGUCUCUGAUUUUUAAUAUUCCAAUUUUAUACAAAAUGUAACUGAGUCUUUGAUACUUUUUUCUGGGCUAAAUUUUUAUCAUAUAUUGGUACUUUGACAUACCUGGAUUUAAAACCAUGAACCCUUUUUUAGGAGCUGUUUUACCUAGGCUCAUACCGCACAUGCAGAAUAAUGCACUUUCAAACUGCUUUCAAUGCUCUUUGAAGUUGUGCGAAAUGGCAAAAUCCACUUGCAAACAAUUGUGAACGUGGUUUGAAAAUGCGUUAUUUUGCGUGUGCGGAAGGGGCCUUAGACUUGUUAGAGUUUUUUGUUCUGCUGUUGCCGAUUUUGCAAGGUGUGUCCACACUGCUAAUUUCUAGUUAAGCAGGGUAUUUGUUUCCAGCUAGUUUGCCUCUUCCUCUACAGUAAUUAAUUUUGCUGAAAAAUAUAACUUUAAAUGUAUUUGCUGGCCUAUGUAUUUCCAUGUUACUUGUGGGGGAAUCAAAUGUUAUGGGCUUUGGAGUGGAUGAGUAGGAAGGUGUAUGCUGUCUUUAUAGCUUGCCUUUCAUUGUUGAUAGCCUUUCAGUUGCAAAUAAACUUGCAGUUGGUCCUCAAAAAGCCGACCUGGCACUUUGAGAAAUGCCAUAAAAACAAUGUUGGUGCUCAGGAAUUUAUUAAAUAGAAGGAUUCAUUCCCUGUUUCGUUCCCUGUAAUCCCUGUUGCCUCGGCAGGGCAGACAAGGCACACUCUAUACACAAUCCAGCAAUAAUAUUCACUCAAGAAACACAGAGGUUCUGACUUUUUAAAAAACGAUCUAUUAAAGCCAAAAGUUUAAGUGAUAGAAUCAAGGUUAUGAGGGCCAAGGGACAAACUUAGGGCCAUUUUUAAAAACAAGGAUGAUAUCAGACUGUGCCCAUCUGCCAGUAUAAUUGUCAGAUGUAAAUUAACAUCGCUAUAUAGAAGCCAAUGGACUCAUAGAUACUACAGCAGUGUUCAUUAACUGCUGGAGAUCCUGGCUGCAAUCCAGACUCGGAACACUUCACGUGAGUCUCAAAUAACCUGUCCCAUUAAUUUACAGCACAACUAACUUUCUAAGUGAGCUCCGACCCAUGAAAACCUUUUCUAUACAAGUUAACAUAGUUUCUACUCUGGAAUUUCUCUAGAUUAGAGAACCUUGUCCGUUAUAAAGCUGAAGCUCUGUAUGGUCUUCAGUGAACGUAUGUAGCUCCAGAAAAGAUGGGCUUCCCCUUUCAUAGUGCAGCUUUGCUGUUUACAAACACACAGCUAUCCCUGGCACUGAAAUGGAAAGUGAGAUUCCUAUAAGUGGUAAAUCGCCAUGAGUGCACUGGAGUUGCUAUACUCCAAGGAGCUUCUGGCAAUAAUUUUAUAUGCUAAUCCUUUUAUUUCAGUUCACUUUUCUGUGAAGUAGAAUUCCUUUGAAGGGCCAAUGUUGGCAUAAUGUGCACAAUUCAGAACAGUGCUAAAGCCUUUCCUUUUGAAAUCUGAUGGAAUUAAAAAUGCAUGAGUAUUCCUCAGUGGAGGCAAAACUGUACAUCAGAACUGACAUGAAGUUUGCAUUCUGGAAACAGUUUUCAGCCCUACUCAGUGGUGGGAUUCAAAUAAUUUAACAACUGGUUGUUUAUAAGCACCAUUUUAACAACCAGUUCUGCCAAAGUGGUGCGAACCUGCUGAAUCCCACCACUGGCCCUACUCUCUUGUCCUGAUACAGAAUUUCCCAGGUGCUCAAAGCUUGCAUGUAAAAGGUGCUGAUGGUUCCUGCAUUAGAUUUUAGCAGCCUCCUUGCUGAUCGCAGAAAUUGCAUCAGUGAAUAGCCUUUCUGCAAGAGUAAUUGCACAAGUAAAUCUCUUGGAUUCAUUCCCUGUGGCCUUUUCCACUACUCAGGAGAUCUGCAUCGACAGGGGAAAUUCCCCAGGUGCUGAGGGCAGGCCCUCCCAGAAACCCUACUCAUGCAAGACUUUGUAGGGACCUCUGCUAGGGCUUGUGCUGCUGAUUUCAGUGUCUGUCUGUGCCAGUAUUAUUCAAAGUUCAAGACUAGUCUGUGAAUGCUGAGGAUCACAACACUUUUAAGAUUAGGAAGCCCUAUGUGGACUGAGCCCUUUCAAGUGUAUUGUCUUUCAGCAAUUCAAAAAAUGAUAGGGUGGGAGUUUACUUUUACUAAACCUUUCAAAAUAAAGGUUUAAGGUCUAUGAUAAAGUCAGAAUUUGUUACCAAAAAUACUCAAUCGUAUGUUCCUUCCAGUGCUAAGCACUUUUAAGUCCUGUUGGCUUAUAUAGUGCCUUAUACAACUACCUAUGGGGGGGUGGGGUUUGUGAUUGGGCUCAGAAUUUUUGUUGAUUACCCAAUCAGAGGCAAAUCCACAUUUGCUGCAGAGAAAUGAGUGAAAUUGGGCCUUUAUUUUGCUUAAAAACUGGAUUAUGCUUUGAGUUAUUAUGAUUGAUAAGUCAAGUUAUAUAGCUAAGCUUCAGAAAGAAGCAUUGAUUAAUGGUGGUGUGAGGCCACCUCACCUAGUUCACUCUAAAAUAAUCCCACUGGUUUACUGUGGUGACACUGGAGUAAGUUGUUUGGAGCUUGUGGCUGUACCCAAGAAGAUUUUGACAAAGCAAUUGUGGUAAUGACUUAAUGAUUUGUGUGCUUGAAGGGUUAGUGAUACUUUUUUUUUUACUUUUAGCUUCUGUAUACUUUAAGCAUUAAAAAUAUUUGUACCCUAACUAUUUACUAAACUCACUGUGGGGAGGGGGGAGGAAGGGAGAGGGGGUGGCAAUAAAAAUCCAUGCUUAAAAUAUUAACUAUAACUAUUGUCAUAAUUAUUUCAUGCUCUCUAUAUUGUUGGAUUUCUUAUUGAUAAUAUUGUAACUGUAUGGGAACUUUUAACUUGAGAAGGAAAUGUAUUUUGACACUGAUACCUUAUUAAAGUAUACUGAUCCUA